AUGCCUUUCAAUACAGCCCUCACCAGGAAACUGGGCAUCGCAGUGCCGGUUGUCCAGGGUGGCAUGCAAUGGGUCGGAUACGCCGAACUCGCCUCUGCAGUCAGCAACGCUGGCGGUCUUGGAAUCUUGACCGCAUUGACCCAACCCACGCCUGAAGACCUGCGCAAGGAGAUUCGCAGGUGCCGAACCAUGACCAACAAGCCCUUUGGCGUCAACAUCACUCUCCUGCCGGCCCUCGUGCCCCCGGACUAUGCCGCAUAUGCGCGCGUCGUGAUCGAAGAAGGUAUCAACAUUGUCGAGACCGCCGGAAAUAGCCCCGGCCCCGUGAUUCAGCAACUCAAGAAAGCAAACACUAUUAUCCUCCACAAAUGCACUACCAUCCGCCACGCCAAGGCUGCUGUGCGCUUGGGCGUCGACUUUUUGUCCAUUGACGGCUUUGAGUGCGCGGGCCAUGUCGGCGAGACCGAUAUUACCAACUUCAUCCUCCUGAGCCGCGCGCGACAGGACCUCAAGGUUCCGUUUAUUGCAUCUGGAGGCUUUGCUGAUGGCCAGGGUCUGGCUGCGGCUCUGUCGCUGGGCGCUGAGGGCAUCAACAUGGGAACACGGUUUAUGUGCACUAUUGAGGCCCCCAUCCACCACAACAUCAAAGAGGCCAUUGUCAAGGCCCAGGAGACUGACACCGAGCUUGUCUUGCGUCGGUGGAAGAACACAACACGGCUGUUCAAGAACAAGGUUACGUCCGAAGCCGUCAAGAUCGAAAAGGAAAGCCAAACGGGCGAGUUCAAGGAAGUCGCUCCCUUUGUCAGUGGCCAGCGCGGCCGCCAGGUGUUUACCAACGGCGACCCAGAAUUUGGCGUUUGGACUGCCGGCCAGGUCAUUGGUUUGAUCCACGAUAUCCCGACGUGCGAGGUAUUGGUGUCGCGCAUUGAGAAAGAGGCAGCGGACGCUCUGAACAGGACUAGGUCUUUGUAUCAAAGUAAACUGUAG